AAUAUCGUAUAAUUACUUCACAAAAUAGACUACUAUUGUAUUUGCAACAUGAAGUCUGUAAUUAUAUUUACAACCAUAUUUUAUUGUACAGCAGCUGUGUUUGGACAGUUUGGUUACACAUGGAUUCCGUUCGGAAAUGAUUUUCUGGAGCAACUAGCGCCGAUGAUUUCAGCCUUUUUCGCGGGAAGAGAAAUGUUGGGUCCAGGCUAUCCUACAUUACUUCUUAGGUCGUAUCAUGCUGCAGAGGUACCUGAAAGGAGAUUACAUAAAGUACACUUCAGAACACGUGGGUUUGGACCUUUUCGGUACCAGUUUUGCCGUGCCAUUGUUCGGGUGUUACCAACUGGCGGUCUUUCCUUACAAUACCCUUCUUGGAGCAGAUGUGGAUUUAUCUAGAGCUGACAAGAUAAUAUACUUUAUAAUUAAACUGUAAAUGACUAUUUGAACUACAGACUGUUAUAAAUCUAAGAUUAUACUGAAAUUUAGAUAUGUGUUAUGCAUGUUUGGCGUUUACUAAUUUAUAUUACUUUUAUUUACAAUUCUGCUGAUCAAGAAACAAUACAUAGAUAUAGUUCCGUACGUAUAUUCGGUGCAUACAUAUAUGUUUAUAGUUGGCGGAUAGAACCCAUUCUAAUUCGGACAUGGAUACUAUUCCGCGCGCAUACACAAGUUAGUUAUCAAAUUUGUUUCUAUAAAUAUGCAUGUGAUAUUAAGUCAGUAUAGGGAGAGUUGCAAAGCUCUAAAUCUAUGACAUGUGUGCGUGUAUGUUGAAUAUUUUAUUUUUAAUUUUGAAGUGAAUCAUCAGUGCAUUUAAUUUUGAUGAUUGUAUAACCAUAUCAAAUUCUACGGACGGUCCAUAGUUCUAAGCAGGUGCCACCAAUGUCUGAAUUUAAGUCCGGAGAGACACCUAGUGUCUACUUUACCAUCUAGAUCCGAAAAGUCUCCAAUGUCUAACUUAAAUGUGUCGGUGUCACAUAAAACUAAAUAAAUGCGGAAACAAAAUACAAAAACAAAAAUAAAAAAAACAACUUUAAUAAAAAGAAUGUUAGCGUCAUGCAUAUCAUCAUAACAAGACAAUAAAAUGUUGACAUAGAUGUGCUUUGAAUAUUAAAUUUAAUCGUUAA